UAUCGAUAGUCUUUUUAGAUAAAAUCACAAAACCUCCCCCAAACCCCUUGAUACGUGCCACUCUUUUGAACUCCUCAUCCAAAAUUCAUCACCAAUGGAGGUUUUCGCCGGAUCUCCGGCCCUUCCAAGCUGUAAUUCCGUCGACCCACUAACCGAACAAAUCAAACAAAGACUUCUCAAAAAAGGAGUUCAGCCAACUCCUAAAAUCAUCCACACCCUCCGCAAAAAACACCGCCAAAAAUCCCUCCGCAAAUCCAAUCGUCUUGCUUCUCAAUCCCCUGACGAACCCCUCUCUCAAUCCCAGAAAGAAACUUUAUCUCAUGAAGCUUACUUCGAAACCAUUUCCCAGGAAUAUAGAAAUUUUAACAAAGCCAUUAAUUCAAAAUCCCAGAGCUCGAAUUUGGUGGGAAAGCCAUGGGAAUCUUUGGAGAGAGAAAAAUUAAGGGAAUUGGCAAGUGGGUAUGAAGAAAGAGAAUCGAAUUUUGGUGGGAAAUUGAAGUUUGAGCAUUUAAGGGAAUUGGGUUUGAUUUUUGAAGAGAGAAGGGUUGAAGAUUUGUCUUCAUUUUUGGAUGAUGACGUUGAAUUGGAAGAGGGUAUGAUUGAGGGUGAUAAUUUAAGUGGGACAUUUGCUCAACGUCGAGUUUCUGAAGCUGAAGCUAUUAAAAUCCUUGUUAAUAGGCUUAGUGCUCGUGAGAUAACAAUGAAGGAUUGGAAGUUUACAAGGAUGAUGAAACAGUCACGGCUGCAGUUUACUGAAGAUCAGUUGCUUAAGCUUCUUGGCCGGCUCGGCGACCGGGGAUGUUGGAGGCAGGCCAUUGAGGUUGUGGGAUGGGUAUAUAGCAGAAAUGAGCAUAAACAUUUCAAAAGCAGGUUUGUGUACACCAAGCUUCUUGCAGUUCUUGGGAAGGCAAGAAAACCACAUGAUGCUCUCCGAAUCUUCGAGCAAAUGCGUGGGGAUUUCCACAUCUAUCCAGACAUGGCUGCUUACCAUAGUAUAGCUGUUACUCUUGGCCAAGCCGGAAUGGUGAGGGAGCUGAUGAGCAUUAUAGAGCGCCUGAAGGAGAAGCAUUCUAAAAAUAUUAAGAAUAUGCGUUCCAAGAGCUGGGAUCCCACCCUUCAACCUGAUAUAGUAGUAUUCAAUUCUGUACUGAAUUCUUGUGUCACUUCCCAUCAUUGGAAAGGGGUCUCAUGGGUCUUUGAGCAAUUGAGGAAGUCUGGUCUAAAAGCCAAUAGUGCUACGUAUGGACUUGCAAUGGAGGUGAUGCUACACUCUUCAAAGUAUGACCUAGUUUACGAGCUGUUUCAGAAAAUGACAAAAAAUGGCAAGUCUCCAAAUGCUCUUACUUACAAAGGUUGAAGAUUGGGAUGCUUUUAAUGGACACCAUGGGACCCUAGGAUGCCAAUUGUGUAGUUGCAUUGUUGGAAACAUAUUUUUUGCUUCUUAACUAACAAUUUAGCAUGUUUUUAGACAUGCCUCUGUCGCUCCUACUAAUGCCUAAUUAAUUAAAAAAAAUAAAAUUAAAAAUAAAAAAAAUGUGUAAUAAAAAAUGGUUUGCUCCAAAAUUGUGUAUUAGCCUUCAUAAUUACAAUAUUUUUGACUUUCCGGAAAUUUGUUUUUGUUGGUGGUCAAUAUGUUUCUCAUGAGCCCUGUGAAAAUCCGGGAGGUCAUAUUUGAAUGGUUAAACUGUUUACUUUUCUUUUUUUAGGAAAACUGUUUACUUUAUUUCAUUAUCAUCAAUUUAGUCAUUUUUUAACACACCUCCCGUUGGUCUUUCUUACAUUACAUUAUGGUUCCAAACCAAUGUUUAUGCCCAUCUACUUUAGUUUUCCAAAAUUGCUCGAAAUUCCCACAUCUACUCAUGUGCCUUCCUAAACACUUAACUUUUUCAAACAAGGUAGAAGGUCGAGAUGCUACCUUGGGACCCCGACUUAGAUGGUUGGAUUUAUUUAUUUUUCUUUUUUAACUUUCAACUUUGUUGGUUUUAGAACACGUCUCCCCUAGAUCUUUUUUACUUUACCUCUAUGGUCCAUUAUGAUUCCAAAAUUCAAACCCACAUAUACGCCCCAAAAUAUUCCCCACCCUUACCUAAAUUAUUGAAAAUUUUACCUAAACUGUUUCAAAAUAAUGUAUAACAACUUUCAUUAUUGGAACUUUUUUUUAAUGCUACCCGUGGGAUCCCUUGAGCAAGAGCCAAGAGGUCUUAUAAGGGUUGGAGGUUGAGAUGCUAGUCAUUUGGAAUGUUGGAACCAUCUACCUUUGUUAUGAACAAUUAAUAUAGCCAGUUUAGAAUAGGCUUCCCAAAGGCCUAUACAACUUUCCCUCGUUAGUCCAUAAUUGUUCAAAACCAAUAUUUAUGAUAGCAAAAUAUAUCUAUCACAUCUUAUUAUGUUCCUGGAAUUUCGGAAAAUUUUCUUUAAAUUGCUCUUCGCACUCAAAAAGUCAAAAGGUUAGAGGUUGAGAUAAUUCCCAUAGACCCCUUGAAACCCCAAAUGACCAUUAGUUUGAAUCUUCUAUAUUUCUUCUUUCUUAACUAUCUAAGGGCUUGUUUGGCAUCAUUUUUGGUUUUUA